GACGGCUUGGCAGGGCGGCGAGCCGUCGCGGACUUGCUGGCAGCCUGGGAGGCGGCGAAGCUGCAGUGGCACCGAGAGAACGCCAUCCGGGCAGAAGCGAGGGCCACCUCGCAGAACAUCCUCAUCUCGGGCCCGGAGCACGCAUCUUUGAGGAACGCCUUCGAAAAGAAGUGGGGCGAACUGCCCAACGACGAGGUUCCCGGGCGCCACUACCCGAGCAUGAAGCUGGAGCAGAUCGAGCAGAAUGAGCCGAGGCCCGAAUCCUUGAUGGAGGUGGCCUCGAAGGAGGACAAAGAGGAGGAUUUCCUGUCCACGGAGGUGGAUAACAACAACCGGCUGGUCGUCAAAAAGGGCGCGGCUGCACAGCUGCGCAUUCCACAGUCGCCCGAGGAGCUCAGGGUGAGGCUGCGCGUAUUGGGAAACGCGUGGAUGUUCGGGGCCAUGAAGUUCAACCGGCCGUGGCUGGCGGGACUGACGCCGACGCUAUGGCAGCGUUACGCCGACUACGCGCUGGGCAAGAAGGUGGCCCUUCUGCCGGCCAUUGGGCCCGAUGGCGAAGUUGCAGACGGCCCUCGGCCUCCGUGGAGGUCGGUCUUGUCCUACGAGUUCGAGCUCCGUAAGAUGGCGUACGACCAGGUACGCCAAGACUCUACGAUGGCGGAGGGGCUGAAGGCAGCCCUGCAGGACGCCGAGUUGCGCAGCUUGCACUUCAUCGGCCCCCUGACGAGGCAACAGAACACGGUCGACUCCAACAAGCGCCAGAGGACGGAGGACCCCGGCCUGUGCACGGGCACCGAGGCGCUGGCCCUGAGCAACUACGAACAGUUCUUCGACUUGCCCCGGGGCGCCGCCUCGCUCGACCGCCUCCGGAAGGGCGACGGCAAAUGCAGCAAAGGGAAGAAGCACUGGAACACGCCCGACGGCAGGGCCAUAUGCUUCAAGUUCAACAACAAGGGCCAGAAGUGCUCUGGCAACUGCGGCCGCGCCCACGUUUGCCAGGUCUGCUUCUCCGACCAGCAUCCGGCCUACGACUGGACGGGCGCUCCAGAGGUGGUAGUGAAGCCGAGUGGCGGGCUGCGCGUGCUUUACCUAUUCGUGGGGAAGCAGCGGCGCGGCGACAUCCGCUAUUGGCUGACGCAGCUCUGCCGGAGCGCCGAUGUCCCGUUGUGCAUGCGAGAGGUCGACGUGCUAAGGCCGCCGCAGGAUGCUGUGACAGAUCAGCACGUCUGGGGCCCGCUCGUGACAGAGAUUGCGCACGGGGCGUUCGACGUCAUCCUGGCCACCCCGUCGUCCAGCGCGCACUCCCGGGCCCAUUGGUCCACCAGCCCAGGGCCGCGACCACUUCGGAACAGUGAGUUCUCCAAGGGCUUCCCGUGGCUGGAGGGGGGCAAACGCAAGAAGGUCCAGGUGGCGAACGAAUCGCUGGACCGCAUAGCCGCGGCGAUCCGGGAGGGCUGUCGCUCGCCCGCCCGAUCCGCACGGUGGUUGGAGUUCCCAGAGGAUCUAGGGAGAGUGGCCACUUGGAACCAGAGGCCGGCUUCAAUCUGGCAGCCUGAAGAGGAGAUGCGCAGGCUGGCGCUCGAGACGGACGCCACCACCGCCGCCUUCUUCCAGUGUCGGUGGCCGGGAGUCCACCGCCGCAGGCCGACCAGAACCGCGAGCACAUUGCUAGGGCAUCACGCCUUCGGCGCCCAGGGUUGGCCGCAGUUUUCCCCCGACGGAGUCUACCUGGGGCCGUUGCCGCAGCACUGCGGACACGACCACGAGGACCUGCUUGGGAAAGGAGGCGAUGGCGACGCGUUCAGGACAACGAAGGCGACGGCUUACCCAUCGCCCAUGUGCCGGGAUAUUGCCAAAUUAGUUUUGGCGCAUUUCCUGGAGGUCCGUCGGUCGCUGCCUGAAGGGGGGGGCCGGGCUGCAGCGGCCCCGACGCGAGUAACCCUGGCAGCAGCCAGGCCAGAUGACCACGAGAGCAUGUACAUCGGUCGCGGCACCGCCACGCUGCCGAAAAGCAAAUGGCACAACCCCUUCAAGGUGGCAGAGCUGGGCAGGGACGCCUGCUUGAAGCGCUUCGAGGAGUACGCGAGGCGGGAGCUCUGGGAGGACCUGGAGGAGCUCGCUGGCAAGUCCCUGGCAUGCCAUUGCCGGGAAGGCCAGAGUUGCCACGGGGACGUCUUGGUGAAGCUCUUCAAGGAGAAGGGCGCCGGGAAGGAGCUGAGAGAGAGCCCCCCCGAGGUCGAUGGGCGCGACGCCAGUCCUGAAUCUCGGGAUGGAGGUCGCCGAGCGCGUCUUGGCGAGGGCCCCUGGGGCAAUGGGCCGCCUGCGGAGGUGGGGUCCGCAGGCAAACCGAAGAGAUUCGUCGACGGCGCCGGUUUGUGCUCUCUGGGGCGAUGGGCGCCAGAGUCACGAAACUGCGCGACUCCUCCUUGGUUGGCCCGGCUGCAGGGCACAUUCCGGAGCAUCGUCCAGGGGCUCGAGGACCCGAUGAAAAUCUUCGCGAGGCUGGCCUGUGGCGGGGUGGAGGGCCCUCCCUUCCCGGACGCGGCCGUGCAACAGGCCCGCGACGCGUGGCUCUCGGAGUUGAGAGUCGCGUCAGGCCGGGUGGAUUUGGCGGAGGUCCCAGAACGACAGCCGUUCUUCCUGAAGGCGCUGGGGGUCCACCUCAAGGAGGUUGGGGACCCAGACUGGAGGAUCUUCGAGGAUUCCAAGGACUCCUUCACGUCCGGCGUCGCCCUGGGCUUCGGGGAGCUCAUGCCGAGGACGCCGGCGGUCUUCGAGCGGAAGGUGCAUUGGAGGCGCUACGACCGCGACGUGGUGGAGGGCCUGCCAGAGGACAAGGGCAACUACGUCUCAGCCAUAGGCCGGGCGGGGGAGAUCCGGACGCAGUUCGAGGAGGAGGUCCGGGAGGGCCUCAUGUCCCGGAUGCCCUUGGCAGAUGCGCGCCGCGAGUUCGGGCCCCGUCUGCACGUGGCGGCGCUGGCGGCGCUGGAGAAAGGAACCGACUCGUUCCGCUUGGUGCACGACGGGACGCAUGGCGUGAGAAUCAAUCCCAACAUCAAGCCUAGGGACCAAGUGCGCCAGCCGGGUAUCGACGAGCUCCGCUGGAUCCUGGGCCGCUCCAGGGCUGAAGGCUUGCCUCUGAUUGCCUUGAAGGCCGACGUGAGGAGGGCGCACCGGCUUGUCCGGGUGGCGAGGAGGGAUUGGGGUUGCCAGGCUUGCGCGCUUCCCAACGACCCGGACCACGUCUAUCUGAACGCCGUGGGAACCUUUGGCAUUGCGAGUGCUGGUUACUGGUGGGCGAGGCUCGCCAGCGCUAUAUCCAGGUCAGUGCAUGGCUUCGUCGGGAAGGCGGAGUUCUGGCAGCUGCUCUUCGCCGACGACUUCCCGUGGUUAUUUUCGGGCCGCCGGCUUCACGAGGACGCCCUCCUAGUGCUUCUAUGGUUCCUAGUCGUAGGAACGCCCUUCUCUAGAGGAGGUACCUUCAUCGAGUGGGUUGGUAUACAGAUCGAUCUGUCGCACAGGUCGCUGGGGAUCUCGGCCAGGAGGGUCGAAUGGGUCCAGCGUUGGAUACGUGACAUUCUGUUUGAGGGGCAGGUGCUCAUGAGCGCAUUUGGCGAGGCGCUCGGCAGGCUGUCGUUCGCAGUGCAAGCGUUGCCCUGUUAUCGCCCGCUGUUGGCGCCGCUCUACUCCUGGGCGGCGGCGGCCCCAGCGGGGGCAUACCUAGGAAUUCCCCCGGUGGUCAGGCUCGUGCUGGAGUUCUUCGCGGACCGCCUGCUGGCAGACGGAGGCGCGCGGCCCUGCUGGCCCAGGUGCAAACCAGCCCAAGGGGCAGUGGAGUGGUUCCGCUCGGACGCGAAGGCCGAGGGCGACGACAUCGGCAUCGGUGGCCGGGAGUGCCGGGGCGGAGUUGCGCCAGCUGACGCGAGAUGGUUCCACGUGAAGCUCACGCGGGCCAACGCGCCGUGGGCGUUCAGAGCUGGGGAGCCCUUCCGGGUCAUAGCGGCCCUUGAAAUGUACGGCACGCUCAUAUCGUGCAUGGUCUUCUUGCCGGAGGCCUCCCUGCAGGGCGAUGCUGGCAGGCUGCUGCUGUCGGGAACCACCGACAACAAGGGCAACAGCUACGUAGUGCAGCGGCUUUUCACUACGAAGUUCCCCUUGUGCGCCUUCGUGAUGGAGUUGGCGGCGCAAUUACAGCGCUGGCAGGCGGAGCUUCACCUUGAUUGGACCCCGCGGGAGCAGAACGUCGAGGCGGACGAGCUCUCGGAGGGGGUCUUCCGGAGGUUCACAGAGAGCAAGCGGAUCAUCGUUGACCCCGCGUCUCUGGAGUUCGUGCUGCUUCCGAAGGUCCUAGAGACGGGGGCCUCGUUGGUCGAUUUUGUGAAGGAGCAGCGUGGACAGCAGAAGCGCCAGGCUUCCACGGAGCUGCCGAAGCGGCCCCGGCGGCCCCGGCUGAGGGAGACCGACCCCUGUCCUGGCCCCCCGCCGUGCCCCGAGGCCGUGUCCAGCCGGUCCAGUUCCCGCGCGUUGGACGAGUUCCGUCGCUUCUGCCUCAACUGGCUGCACGUGUUCGAGGAGUGCUCCAUCGAUCCCGGCCAGAACCCGAAGGUGGUGGUGACGGAGGAGCAGCUGCUGCAGUGCUCCAACAUCGCCGAGAUCGCCGACCUGUGCUUGGAGAGCGCCUCCGCGUGACCGAGGUGCGCUUCAUCAGCAUGCAGCGGGAGCAGGACCAGAAGAUGCUCUCGAGCAACAAGACGGCGUUCCACCGCAUCACCGCCAAGAUCCCGAAGGGCACCAAGAAGCUCGCGCUCAUGUCCGGCAGAACGGUGGAGAUGGCGAUGAAGAAGCGCACGACGGUCAGUUGGCUCAAUUGCGGUAAGGGCCAGGCUUGUACGUGCCAGUGCAGGAACAAAGACAGCGAGGAUGGCUUCCCUAGGACUUUCGGAUGCGUCUGCAUGUCGGUAACCAUCCUCUCCAAAGAGCACUUCCUGCUCAUCAGCACCUUCUGGCUCGGAUGGAUCACCCUGGCGCUGGAGAUCGUCCACAUGGGCUCUGCGAAGAAGCUGAUGAACCAGGGCUCGAUCACGAUGCACGCCCUCGGGGUUUUCAUGGCAGUCGUCACGCAGUUCUGCCUCAUAGUCAUGCUGAUACGGUUCGAGCAGGUCGACAUCUUGCAGCAGCUGGAGCGAGAGGUCAAGACGCUGGCCAAGCAGAACGAGGCGUUCGAGGCCCAGAGCGCGAGGAUGAAGGAGUUCUGGAGCAACUGCCAGCAGCUGACCGAGCUGUGGCUGUACCGCACCGUCCCCCGCCUCGACCUCUACAAGGAGAUCCACAGCCAGCUGGAGGACGCCCCCCCCGAGGACCUGCUGGUCAACAUCCAGGGCGCGAACGACCAGCUCCAGACACUGGAGAAGAGCCUUGGGCCCCUCGAGGACUGGCGCAAGGACGGCGGGCUGAAGACCGACUCGAAGAAGGAGUUCGGGAGAAAGAUCAACCAGCUGUGUCAGGAGCCAGACUUCUCGACCGUGCUGAGCAGCCUCGAGGAGAUCACUGCGAACGGCACUGGUCUCAAGGCCAUCGCGCCGGACAAGGCGGCGCCGCCCAUCGAGACGCUGCGCUGAGCCACCGCCCUGUGCACGAGAUCCGGGGAGAUGCAGCGGGGCCCUCGCGCCCCCUUACCUGCUGCUAGCCCAGGCCCGUCGGCGGGGCUGAAUGGCUGCGCACCUCGUCCUUUUCUGCUCCGCCUCCCUCUCCAUCCUCCCCCGCUUCCCCUUCCACAGAAAGGUGGGAGGUGGGAGGGAGGACGAACCGGGAGGGGGCGGGGGGGGCGAACUGGAGCAGCUGCUUCACCAGCGCCUCGCCCAAGAGGAUUCACAGGGCUUGCGCUUAGGCCAGCCCUGCAGGGGGUCGCCGUUGGGCCGCGGAUGCGUGUAAUGUAUUGUGGCGAUUCCCGGGCGUAUCCCCCCUCUCCACCUCCUCCUCGCCCUCCUCCUUCCUUCUC